CGGGUUCAGCGCUAUAACACGGGUCUCAAAAGAAGGGUGAUUCCGCCCGGUAAAUGACACCAAGGUAGCUUACUCAAGAUUCGCAAGUCUCGUACAUAAUGGAGCAUUUGUCAAUGCCUUCAAAACUUGAUCACUAUCUUGCAGAAAGAGUCGAGUCAAAAGCGACCGAUCUCUUCCAAGCGCGAAAGGACCGGCCUCAGCUCGAGGCGUCCUUUCUGUAUAGAUCUGCAGCCUCGGAUAAUGUCUGGUCACUGGAAAAAAGCCCUAUAGUCCAUAUCAAUAGUGCCGAAGAACUGGAAAAAGCGGAAUCAGCGAGCAGCAACGCCUGCGCCCAGAUAUAUACAAUCCGCCACCAACGAUCCUGGACAACCUUGAACAUCUCCCACAAGCUUUUCCAGGAGCUUUUGGAGAAGCACCGUGUAUUUCACCACUUCUGGCGGUCGAUCCUGACGUUUGGAUGGAGAUUCGAGGAAAAUGAAUAUGGAUUCCCAGCAUUCCGGGCCAAGCGGUCGCAGAGUGGACGGGGAAAAGUUGACGAAAUCACAUAUGUGAUUCGGAGAGUUGAGCGCAAUAAUCGUCCCGUUAAAAACGGGGAGUGUCCAUGGUCAAUUCGACAGACAGGGAUCUAUCACCGUCUGGCGUAUGAAGCGGUUGGAUCCCAACAUAAAUCCACAUUCAUACUGGUCGCGCCUUCGAGCAUCGUCGAUGACGAGAUUACCAAAAGCCUCGCCCAGCACCACUGUGCAGACGGUGUCAUGAACCCAGCGUUCGCCGUGCACGAGCGCCUUGUGCUCGAUAGUCUGCGGGGAUGGAUGGACUAUAUGGCCUGGCUCGAGAGCGAAGUCAAGCAAGACUCUAACCGAGUCAUUGUUUCCAAAAUGGGCACACACGAAAUUCACUUCAAUGCCAACGACCGCCAACGGCUGAAGCAACUCGAGGAUUACAUCACAGACAUGAUGGUCAUCCUGCAGACCAUGGCUGACACAAUAGCGCGCAUCAGAACAAGCUGCCAGCGCCACUGUCAAAUGAGUUGCGGAGACAGUAGUUCUUGUUCCUGUAGCUAUACCAUCGACGAAUUCGAAGAAUAUGCCACGGAAGCGCAGCUUUAUCUGAAUAGAGCGAAGGUGCUCAAGGCGCGAGUCAAAUCGACCGCUCAACUGCUGUCGGAUCUUCUGGGCUACGAGGAAUCAAGGAACCUGAAGCAACUGGCUCAGGCAUCCCAUCAACUGGCUCAGGCAUCCCACGACGAGAGUCAUUACCUCAUGGAACUUCAAAAAAAAAGCGUCCAGGAUGCGGCGGCUGUUAAGAUGCUGACCAUCAUUGGAUUGGUCUUCUUGCCAUCCACCAUUGUUGCGAAUUUUUUUUCGACUGAAUUUGUGAAGGUCAACGACCAGGGCCGCUUGCAUGUCUCGCGAGAAGUUUGGAUAAUGGCAGUGGUUGCGGUGCCGUUGACUGCGAUCACUAUCUUCUUCUGGUGGCUGCUGCUGCGACUGAGCGUGCUGGGAAGGCACAAUAGCUGAGAUCUCUGCUCCACGCGAAAGCUCCCGAUGACGACGAGGAAAAGGGAGAAUCCAGGUACCAGCAUGUGAAGGGUAAGGUUGCGUCCUUUGGUAUAUUCGGGGGCCCGUCGAACCCGGUGGAAUUGAAGACCGAGCGAAUGUCAAUCAGAUGGGGUCGAGUAGAUAGAUAUUUUUAUACGUGAGCCUCAUAUCUCGCAAAGGUAGACGACAAAGUAUAACGUUUAAUGAAUUCCAUAUGAUCUGACAU